AUGUCUGCGAACGACACACUACCACCUCCUUACACGACCCGUCAGCUCCGCCGCUACACCCGCUACCCCAAACUCUACGCCGAGCGAAGAUAUCCGCACCCCUCUCAUUCCUCCAACCAGCCCAAUCAGCCAUUCCCGCUCAUGAAGAUCCCCAUCGAACUACGCUACAUGAUUUAUGCAUGCGCCCUCACCCUCCCCUCCCCCAUCGAACUCUGGCCCGAAACCGACAGCCCCAUCGCCUCGCAUCAAAUUGUGACCGCAAACCGCAACAUGCAGUACCUGAAAGUCAAGAUGCGGCGAUGCGGCGUCAACCUGAACUUGCUGAGAAGACCGAGUGGCGCUUCAGCGGGAUAA